AUGAAUUUAGGGACCCAGCCACUCUAUCCAUCGGCUUCCCUUUUCAACAGCGAUUUCGUCCCAAGCUCUAUCUCAAAUACUCUUGUUUGUGAUAAAGGCCUCCAUGAUUUUGAAUCAAAUGAGUCCUAUCUUGCAGCGCAGCAACAAGACUUAAAUUCGCCAUUGAUUUCACUAAAGUCCUCUUUACAGGACUUAUCAGUAGCCAUGCACAAUUACUCUUCAGUAAAAAGACUACUAUCCAUCAAGCCUUUAAAGGUUAAUCCUGAUAAUCCGCUUCUUUUGAGCCAGGUUUCUCCCAGGCGUUCAGAUGCAUUAGAUUCAUCUCAUGAUAAUUUUAUGUCCUCAAGAGGCAUUAAAUCAACUUUGGAGCCUGAAGAUACUAGUAACCCAUGUGUGCAAGAAGAGGACGAGGAGUACCUUCCUGGUCUUGAAUUUAUUAAAUACCCGAGGGUCAUUCCAAAGGUACUAGAUUCACUUUAUUUGCUGGAGAAGUCCGCAUAA